CACUUGUUAGAUUAUGAAAUCAUGGUUGGACUUGCGAACUCUAGUGCGUUACAGUACACUAUGGUCGACCUUCUAAGGAGAAGCUCUGUCUGUUCCUAAUUCUAAGAACAAGGUCUGUUCUGUUCUGUUCCUAAACAAGGUUGUAGGCUUGUAGCGACGUGAAAAACAGCAAGUAAAAAGCGGCUGUUUGUAUUCGAGAGAGAGAGAGAGAGAGAGAGAGAGAAUGGGGAGCGAAGAAGAUAGCGCAGUGAAAGAGCCGCUGGAUCUCAUCAGACUGAGUCUGGAUGAGAGAAUCUAUGUCAAGCUUCGAUCUGAUCGUGAACUCCGCGGAAAGCUCCACGCGUACGACCAACAUUUAAAUAUGAUACUAGGAGAUGUUGAAGAAAUUGUGACCACAGUGGAGAUUGAUGAUGAGACCUAUGAGGAGAUAGUUCGAGCAAACAAGCGGACAAUCCCUUUUCUUUUUGUACGGGGAGAUGGGGUGAUACUGGUUUCUCCGCCUCUGCGGACAGCUUAAUGGAGACAACAGUGCACAUUUGGCUGGAUGGUAUCAUGUUUGAAUCAAAUGUUAGGCUCUUGCUAUUAGUUGGUUUUCAAUGAUUUCCUUUCGACUUAAGAAUUCUGUAGUAAUAGACUGUAACACAACUCAAGUUCUGAAUUUCAGCUUAGAGUGUUUCUGAAAGGGUCAAAGCCUA